UGCUGAUGACGCAACAACCGCCAAACUCAAACACAUCCGCAACUACAAGUGGAUGUUUUCAAUAAAGCAGCUAACGUACAUUGUUUCACACUAAAUAAAUACUUCCAGAACAUGGAGGUGGCGACGACAAAAGGUGUUUUGAGUCAUCUCAGUCGCCUGGAGGUUCAGAAAAGAAGCCUUAAAAGUCAACCUCAGCAGCCGAGUCGUGUGAAGGAGCUGAAGGCUCAAGUUGAAGCGCUUUUGACGCAGAGGAACCAGCUGAGAGCAGAGAUCGAGACUCACAAGAAUAUCAAGAAACUGCGGGUGUCUAUGGACAAGCAGUGUACAAACGAAGAAGAAGAAGAAAAUAGAAUGGAUGAAGACUCUGAGAACUCAAACCUGCUGCGGCUGAUGGCCAGACAUACACAACUGAAAGACCUUCUGCAUUCUCAUCACGUCAUCGGUGGGUACAACGUUGUAAAGAUCCGUCAAGGUAAAGGAGUGUGUGUGUCUGUGGCAACGUUCUACGACGGCGUUUACUUGGACACCUACAACCUGGAGAUCCACGUGAAGCCGAAUGUGAGGAUCAGUCGUCACAAUGUUCCCCCGUUCAUUCCUUUAAACAAGCUGGCUGAGCAGAGCAACAUGCAGACUGACCUGCGGACUCUUCUGGACCCCCUGAGCCAACAUCUCAACGCCUUUGCCGGUCGCCAGCAGCAGUUGAAGUUCGUUAAGGAGCUCCAUAAGUCUGUGGAGGUGAUGGAGAGUAACGUGUUGUGUUCAUUACUGGUGCUGAAGUUCACCGUCCCCAGAGAGAAGACGGCUGUUCUCUGCUCCCUCGACUACACGGACUGCACCAGAAGUCUCCCCACACGAGUCCACUUUGAAUCUGAGGACGAGGCGCCAGUGUGGAAAAAACACUGCCGCUUCCUCAUGGAGACUCCUGUGCACAAAGCUUUGACAACAAUGAGGAAGAUGGGGUAUAUUGUGUAAAUUAUUUUGAUCUAUAAUAAAGCUUUUCUACAUGUUUUACAACAAAACAGAUACUUCAACUUUUGUUUUUGUUUUGGUGUUGCAAACGUUGAGGUUCCUCUAUGGAAGUUCCACAUGUAUGUCCACAUUGCUUUUGUCCUUGAGCUUUUCUAUGAAUGCCGCCACCUUAUUGUGCAAAGUCUCCCACUGAAACUACAUCAGUGUUUCCAUUUCCUGCUUUCUGCUUUUGCCUGACCAGCUCUUUUUCCGAUAUUGAGUCAAUAGUUGCACUGCUUUUCAUCUGCAUGAGAGACACCGUCUCUCUGGCCCUGUGGCUUUGUCUGACUGUGGCGGUGCCGGUGUGGAUCGAUUCGGCUCCACCACUUCAUAUUCUUUCUUGUGAUCGUGGGAUUUGCUGGAGUACGAUCGUCUGCCAAAUGGUUGAAAUUUGUGUUCAUUCUCUCUCAUGGCGAUGUUUACUGUUGCUUUAGGCUCAACCCCUUUUAACAUCCCUACUCGUCUGCGUUUGUUCUGCAGGGAGUCUGUUCUCUGCUCUAGCGUUUUGCGAGUGUACCUCUACUGCCGGUCCAACGUGUUCAGUUUAUGCUGGAGAGCCCUUUCUUCUUCAUUUUUCAGCGCUUUCAAAUGUCUCUGAUGCACAAUAGGUCUUCUGAAGCAUUAAUCCAUUACAAGAUGGCUGGAAGGAGAAAUGUCUUUUUCAGUUAUUGUUUAAAUUAGGAAGAGUUUGUCGUUUUCUUACCUGAUUUCUGUCCUCUAGAGCGUUGUGUUGUGCAGGUGUGUUUGUUGCUAUGGCCGUCUCCUUGUAUGUUAUAUAAUCGCCUAUUGUAUCCGAAGUAAAGUGAACGGGAUUGUUGUUCAAUGUGUACGGUCACACAUUCCUUAAUGAGAUUACAUUGGAAGACGGUGCCUUUGUGUAGUCUCAGGAAUUCUUGUAGGUUACACUAACAAUUAUUCACUUUGUAUUUCUUGUAAUUUGAUGCAACUAAAGUACUCCGUAGAAUACUGCUACAAUGUUCUCCCAUGUACUUUAAUUGUUUGGUGUCCAAGUUAGUUAGUUUGCUGUCAUUGCCGAAAUAAUUUUUUGCUGAACAUGAUGUUUAUUCUUGGAAGUGAUGAAUAGUUUGUUUUUUUACAAACAACAUUUCUGUUAAUUUUUUUUUUUUUUU